GAGCUUCUCUGGGCCUCCUUCUGCUCCCCAUUCCAUGGCCUCACUGUCGUGCCAUGCAGCUUGUUGCUGUUGGCGCCUCAACUCCUCAGCUAUUGAGAACUUUGGCACCAAGGGGCUGUUCGUCUCAUCGACAGCAUUGCCAGCGAAAUAGCCAUGCAGCUUCGGUGCUUGCAAUUGGCGCAUGUGUCUCCGCAGCUUGUAGGGAACAGAGGCUGCGUUUGCAAAAGCGGAAUGCAGUGGAAGACUGGCCAGCAGGUGCAGGUGCAUCUGUCGAAGAUUGUGGCAUGGUGUCCAUGCAGGGCGCUGAUCCGGAUCGCCCGAAGGUGAAUCAGGAUGCCUGCUACGUGGCGGAGCUGCCAAAUGGAAGUUUGCAGGCUGUGGUCUUGGAUGGCCAUGGAAAGAAGGGCCAUGUGGUUUCUGGGGCCCUCAAGGCAUUCUUGCCGGACCUCAUUGAAGAGCAGUUGGCCCAGUUGGCCAACGCGUGCUCUGGCGACAUUGGCAGUGCCCUGUGCGAGGCUUUUAGAGCUACCGAUUCUGUGCUGCGGCAGAACAGAGUCGGUCAAGUUGCGAGAGCAUCAGGAGCAGCUGCGCUGGCUGCAAUUGUUGAAAGAGGCAACAAAUGGACUGUGCACGUUGCUUGCGCUGGGGACUGUCAUUCCUGGCUGCUGGAGAAAGUGGAAGGAAGGUGGCUUGGCAGUUCAAUCUCCCAGCCAAGCAGUUGCCAACGCGAGAGGGAGCGGUUGGAGGCGGCUGGCGGCCGCGUCUCUGAUGGCGUUUUAUGGGCUGGACCUAUUGGCGUGGCAAUGUCCCGUGCGUUAGGAGAUCUCGCUUUGAGACCGUUUGGCCUGCUCUCUGAGCCAGAGACAUGGACGAUUUCUGGGGGAAGCGAGAGUUUUCUCAUUUUAGUGAGCGAUGGUGUUAGUGAUGUACUCUCUCCCCAGCAAUGUGCUGAUUUGUUUGAUGCUGAGGAACCUCAGUCUUUAGCUGAAGACCUCGCUGAAGCAGCGCGAGAAGGUUGGCAGGCCCUGGAGAUAACCACAAUGUAGCUCUCACGUAAUAAAUCGAUUUCUAUUUGAUAAAUUGGAAGGCUGGAUUACCCAUGGAUGUGCGUAUCGACGA